GUGAGUAAUUAAAACGAUCAAAUUUGUUUAAAUCGACCCUCAAGAGUCUUCAUUUGGCUCCGUAAAGAUCCGACUGGAAGAACCGACUCGUUAGCGACCGCCUCACUCCAGAGGAGCUGCAUCGCAUCAUUCCUCAUCCAGCAGUAGGCUAGCAGGCUAACGCAGCUAGCGACAGACAUGAUCCCCAGUCCUCGGCGCCUUCUCUAAAACCCCCUCGCAAUGACCACCUGACAUUGUGAACAGGGGCAGGGCGACUGCAUGGUUUAUACACAUCGGAGUCGGAAAUGCUGCAGCGACGCAAGUGAGGGGCCUUGGUCCCCGAUGUCAGGACCAGCCUGUAGCUGAGAGCUCUCAGGAUGAGUGGGGCUGGAGAGCACACGGACAUCCUGUCAGUGGCAGACGUGGUCAGGGACAGAUGGAAAGUGACAAAGAAGAUUGGAGGUGGUGGGUUCGGGGAGAUCUAUGAGGUGUUGGAUCAGCUGAGUCAGGCAACUGUUGCCCUGAAGGUGGAGUCUGCUCAGCAACCCAAGCAGGUGCUGAAGAUGGAGGUAGCUGUGCUCAAGAAGCUGCAGGGCAAAGACCACGUCUGUCGUUUUGUCGGCUGUGGCCGGAACGAUCGCUUCAACUACGUGGUGAUGGAGCUGCAGGGGCGGAACCUUGCAGAUCUGCGCAGGACCAUGUCACGAGCAACCUUCUCCGUCUCCACCACUUUGAGACUUGGCAAGCAGAUUUUAGAAGCCAUAGAGAGCAUCCACUCGGUCGGCUUCCUGCACCGAGACAUCAAGCCGUCUAACUUUGCGAUGGGACGACUGACCACCACCUGCAGAUGCUGCUACAUGCUGGACUUCGGUUUGGCCCGUCAAUUUACAAACUCCAGCCAAGAAGUCCGUCCGCCUCGACCUGUUGCCGGGUUCAGAGGAACCGUCCGAUACGCAUCUAUCAAUGCCCAUAAAAACAAGGAAAUGGGUCGCCAUGACGACCUGUGGUCCCUCUUCUACAUGCUGGUGGAGUUCACCAUCGGUCAGCUUCCCUGGAGGAAAAUCAAAGACAAAGAACAAGUGGGGAACCUGAAAGAGACGUACGACCACCGCCUGAUGCUGAAGCACCUUCCCUCGGAGUUCAGCCUCUUCCUGGAUCACAUCCUGACACUGGACUACUUCACCAAGCCGGACUAUCAGAUGCUGACAACAGUCUUCGAUAACGCCAUGAAGAGCCACAAUGUUCUGGAGAACGACCCGUACGAUUGGGAGAAGAGCGACUCGGAGGAUGUUCUGACAAUCAACACUGCGGCGACGACGGCCCAGCAGCUGACUCGCCUCACGCCCGCGUACCUGGGCAUGGCCAACGCUUCAGUGCUGCCGGGUGAGCUGCAGAGAGAGAACACAGAGGAUGUCCUGCAAGGGGAGCGCCUGAGUGACGCUGACAACUGCCCCCCAAUCCCUACACCCACCACCCCUGGGGCGGACGUGUGGGAAGAGCUGGACCGCAACCGCAAUCAUAAACAUGCCCAGGCCAUUGCCAGGAAGGUGGUCAGCGAGGACGAGCACAGUCAGAACCAAGGGAACCAGAGCCCCAACACUGGUUCCAUGCAGAGCUCCCCACGGCGGGUCCGAUCAGAGACCAUGUUCCUGGAGCGGGCGGCGCCACUGCUACGCAGGAUGAGGCACAGUCAGAGCUUAGCCUUCGAGAAAAGACUCGCGCCAGAACCAAAACCAACAAUCGAACGCUUCCUGGAGGCCUAUUUGGGCAAACAGAGAGCCGUGCUUCCGAACGUGGAGGAGAAGGCGUUUUCUGAGAAGGAACGUCGACAACAGUCACCUGUGUGCAACGAGGAGAACUCCGGCACGGCGACCCCCGACCCCGAGGAAGGAGCUGCAAGCAGUGGGUUUGUGGCAGUGAAUCUGAGUCCCGUUCCCCAAGAGGCCGACUCCCAGGAGUGGGUCCUGCUGGAGCUGGAACAGGGCAGCGGAUCCGCCAAACCCACAGAGGAUGAGGACAAGGGCGGCGUGGCCCAGGCUGAGAACCACACCUCGGACUCGAAGGACGGUCAGUCCACAGUGGCCCCCAGCAGUCCUGUGCUGUCUCAGAUGAACAUGCCGGGUACCUGGCUGCUGGGCCACAGGAGGCUGCCGGGGAUGUUGGGGCAAAUGCCGUCAGUCAUCGUGGGACGAGCGCAGACUGACCAGUCUUCCAGCUGCGCGCCACAGUCUCCGGUCCUGGAGAAGAGCGACGUGAUUCCACUGGAACCUCCGUCCGGGAAGACAGAGGAACCUGCUGCAAAGGAGGUGGAGAAGUCUGAGUCAGUCCCAGUACCAAGCCCAGCCAAAGGUCCAAACGCCCUCCUGACCUGUGACCGGGACCCCGAGAGUGAUUCGGGUCUCCCAGAUCGAUCAUCUGAGCCCAAUCAGCAGCCACAAGCCGACACUCUGGGAGGAGCAGUGGAGGUCACCGUGUCGUCUUCUCCACCUCCCGUUCUGCUGCGGAGGAGAGACUCCCCUUCCUCACCACGAUUCAGCCGCAUCCCGGUCCGAGACCCCGGUGCUCCUCUGGACUCGCCGAACAGGGACUUGACCCUGGAAAAGCGCCACCGCUGGAGCAGUCCGGUUGCAGGGUCACCCACACACUCCCCCUCUCCGUCUCUGUCCUGCGACAACCUUCCCAGUGCUCUGCCCAGAGACCGCCUCUCCUCCGACCGAGGGUCCAGGUCUGACUGCGCGGCAGACGACCCGCUUUCCCUGUCCUCUUCGUCGGGCAGCAGAAGCAAGAUCCCACGACCUGUGAGUGCCAGCUUUGUAGCCGAGCAGCUGUCGAGCAGGUUUCUUCCUCGGCCUCCUCCUGGGAAACCUCCAGCGCGCUCCUGUGUGGACAACAGAAGGAGGCGGUUGCGAGUCCGAGCCAGCAGCACCAGCGACGCCGACUUCCUGGCCAGUCUGACCCAGCUGAUGCAGGACCGAGGCGGGUUGCUCUUCACUCCUCCCCCCCGCCCCUGCAGCUCCUCCUCCCUCCAACGCUCCCUCAGCUCCUCCCCGUCCCGCCAGGAGCUGCGCGACGGCGCCACUCUUCAGGGGCGCAGCCGCUCUCCGUCCAGUCUCUCUGGCUCUCCUCCUCCUCCUCGACACUUUCAAGAGCGGCCCACCUCUCAGUGGAGCCACAGCACCAGGGGGCGGAGCCCGAUCCACGAGGGGAAAGGUUCAAACAAGGCGAACCGAUGACUGUGUUUGGGGAGACGUGACUGAUCCAGUGAGCGUAGCAGGAGGCCGCACGUCCCUGUUAGCAUGAGUCAACAAGGCAUUUACUCAAGGGAAUGUACUGUAUGUAAUGUAAAAUGUACCAUAAAUUGUAUUUAUUUAUUUAUUCGCUGGAUGCGCGUCGUGAAGACUUGACUUGUGCUGAGACUGAAGUUCUGGAGAUUGCCAACUCUUACCUCUCAUCUCGCUCCUUGACAUGUAAGUCCCGUCAGAGGUCACCUGACCAUCUAAACUCCGAUCAUGUAACUCCAAAUAUUAACAAGCAGCAUCAGCAUUCAUGAAGGGCUCCGUCCCGUACGCCCCGCUUGAGUAAUUACAGUACGAUGCAUAUCUUUGGCAUAUCACAGGUUAGUAGCGUGCUUUCGUUGUUAGCAAAUGUUAAAUGGCUAAAGGCAUCUGCACAUUUAGAAUGUAUCUGUAAGUGCACUCAUCGUUCAGUAUUGUUGAACUGCAUGAACAUUUUUUUUAUUUUUAUUGUUCAUUUGUACAGUCUGCGCAUUUUUAUUGAACUGCUUCUAAUCAUGAAAUACAAUAUAGACAAGCCAACAUGACUCGACUGGAUGAUUUAGCACUUUAUUUAGUAGUAUCUC